AUGGCUUCCUCUCUUCUUCUUCUUGUGUCAGUUUCAUGGUUCUCUUCCUUCCUGGCUCUGCUAGUCUCACCCGCACAAGCAGACACCUGCACCUCACAGGUAUUCAAUAACAGCAAUCUCUACUCCAGCUGCACCGACCUCCCCGUCCUCAGCUCCUACCUCCACUGGACCUACGAUACCUCCAACUCCUCUCUGUCCAUCGCCUUCAUCUCUACACCCCCCCAAUCUGACGGCUGGGUAGCGUGGGGCAUCAACCCCACCUCCACCAAGAUGGCUGGGGCACAGAUACUCUUGGCCUACAACACAGAUAGUGGGAUCCCAACCGUCAAAACCUUCAACAUCAGCGCAUACACCUCCUUGGUACCGGGAAAACUCUCGUUUGAUAUCUGGGACAUCAGCUCCGAGUUCUCCGACGGAACGUUCAAGAUCUUCGCCUCCGUUAAGGUUCCCAAAAACAAGAAGUCCGUGAACCAAGUCUGGCAGGUGGGUCCCGCGGUCAACCAAACCUCUGGUUUCCCCGACAAACAUGACAUCGUCGGCCCCAACCUCGAGUCCUUUCAGACCUUGUCCUUGGCAGCUAGGCCCAUUACGGGCACUACCAUUAAUCCCACUACACCUAGCACUAGCAGUAGUGGUGGUGGUGGUGGUGGUGGUGGUAGUGGUGGUGGUCGUGGUAUUGCAGGAGGGGCUUUGAGGAUUGGGAGUGGAGGAAACGUGGUUUUGUUCUCUGUUCUUGCAGCUCUCAUUGCUUUCUAA